AUGAAAAACAAUAAAAUAAUAGAAAAAAAACGACAGGAUACUUUAGAGAUAUGUCGAAUAUUUAAUGAGCAAAAUGAAUUGCUACAAAAAACACCAAAAGAUAAUAUAGAAAGCAAAAAUAAUCGUAGAGUCAAAAGAAAUAUCGUUGUACAACGUAGACGUGACGUAUGUAAUCCUCUUUUAACUAAUGAAGAUUUGAGAAGAGUUGAAAAUAUAGUAGAUAAACUUUAUGAUGAUAUGGAACAAAAUGGACAAAAAAUUAUAUACCGCCAAAGGAUCUUGAAUGACACACUAGAGAUCAAGAAUAGUGUCAAAAAUAAUCGACGAUUUAACUUCGCUCCAGCAAAACUAUUAGGUCCACUUAAAACAGAUGAAGUCAAAGAGACGAAAACUUUAGUAGAAGUAAAUACAAAUUCCUUGGACUGGAUAAAGAAAUGGAAUCACGGCAUUGUACCAUAUUUUAUUGAUUCUAAUUCAUAUGAUGUACAACUUAUGGAAACAAUAGUAAAAGCCUUUGACUAUUUCGAAAAGGCUACCUGCAUACGACUACAGCGAUUGCGGGAGCGGCCGGUAGAUAAACAAUCUCUGCAGAGUGUGGAGUGGCUAUACAUUACGAAUCCAUCAGGGAUAAAACAGUGCGUGCAUAGCAAUGAAAAGAAACCAAAUAACGGUGUUCAGAUGGUUGUCUUCGGGUAUGACUGCAUGUCCUUGGGAGAAAUAGUACACGAAGUAAUGCACAUAUUAGGAUUUUCUCAUGAACACACGAGGCCUGACAGAGAUAGAUAUAUAACAAUAUUAUGGGACAAUAUUAAACCAGGAUACAAAAAGUAUUUCUCAGUUCGUGAGGAAGACCCACUUUCAAGUUUACCGUAUGAUUAUGCCAGUGUACUCCAUUAUCCUCCCCGGGCAUUCUCUAGGAACGGAAAAGUCACGAUAGUGACAGAGAAUGGCGUGAAGAUUGGACAGAGGGAAGCUUUGAGUGAAACAGAUGUUGAAAAAGUUUCUAUAGUUUACAGUGCAGAAUGUACAAAACGAAAUAAAGAAUAUCUUUUAACAACAUGCCCUAGUGUUAUUAACACUACCCCAGAUAAAAAUACAGUAACAGGUGACGAAAUCGAUGAAUACUUCAAAGAAAGGAUCUGGCCAUAUGGCAUUGUAAACUACAAAAUAAGAGAUGCAAUAGAAUUCACUACUGAGGAAAAGGAAAAUAUACAGGCAGUGUUAAGACACAUCGAAAAAGAGACAUGCAUUGAAUUUAGAGAUUUAAAUGCUAAUAAAGAUUCUUCAGAAAAGGAUGAUAACUCAAAUGAAAAUGACGAUAAAGUAACACCAGCUGGUCAUCCAUUACAAAAUCAAGAAGUUAUAAGUAAAGACAAUGAAAAUGAUCAUUUGUCAGACUCUACACCUGCACCCCCACUUGAAACUGAUGCUGCCAAUGUAACACUCAAGGAAAAUUCUACUUCCAUGUAUAUAGGAAAUAGUGAAAAUGAAAUUUUGAACGAUGGUGAUGGCACAGACGAAGUAGUUGUUCUAUCAAGAACUAAAUUCAAUAAUCGAAUAAAACGUAAUGCAAAUAUUUCAUCGCCGUUGAGACGACAUGCUGCCAACAUUAUAACGUUAGUAAGAUCAUCGGAGCCUGGCUGCCAAUGUCCACUUACUGGAAGACCUAACGGAAAUAAAGUGUUAAUGAUAAAUAACGACUGCUUCAAUUCCGUUAAUGACUUGUUACACUUAUUUGUUCACGUUCUGGGAUUGGAUCAUCAACACAAUAUGCAUGACCGCGACUCUUUUCUUAAAAUAGUGUGGGAUAAACUUACUCCAGAUAUUAAAAGGGAAAUGGCUAAAAAACUUCCUCCUGCGGCAUCGGCAGGCUUCGCUUACGAUUAUCAAAGUGUCAUGCAUUAUCCGUGGUUACAAAUUAAAGAUGGUAUUACUAAUAUCAUGUAUCCAAUUUGGAACGAUGGUUGGGCUAUGGGUCACUGGCAAGGUCUCAGUUUCACUGAUGUUCAGAAGCUUAAUCUCAUUUAUAAAUCACAAUGUGUGCAAAGAAGCAAAAGUGUGUCUGCUAGAAGAUUAAAGGGAUAAUAAAUGUUUUUAAAUAUA